AUGGAGGGCGACUCGUAUUUCCCGUUAGGCACUCCGCCAAUUCGGAAGGUCCCUACUGGCGCGGCCCGCCAUGGCGGACGAUCCGCGGUGGCUCCGCGCAAGCGCCGCCGCAUCCUCGACCCCGCGCACGUGGACGUCGCCGCUUCCCCCGGAGAAAGCCCCGAGCGGCGGCCUUUCGAGUCCGACACGCCGACUCGCAACGCGCCCCACGCGCUAAUCAAAAGCGCCCCCGGCGCUUGGGUUAGAAACGCGCCUGGCGCUGCGCGCGGGGAAGGUUUGUUUUCCGCGGAACAGACUGGCGAGGGUUUGUUGUCCGGUCGCCGUGUGUUGUUUCCGGACGGGAAGUUUGACGGGGCUGGAAAGGGGAACGGCGGGAGCGAAGUGGGGACGGAGGGGAAGGGCACCGAGGGAGUCGCGGGGAAGAACGCAUCGGGGGAAGUUGUUGGCGCAAUGGUGGGAUUGGCGGUUUACCGGCGACUGGCGUUUGGGGACGAGCGAGCGGAAGGGCGGGAGGGUAGCCGAACGACGUUUAACGCUGAUGGCGAGGCUGAACGCGAGAGUGAGCAAGAGGACAAAGCAGGCGAGGGCAAGACCGAUAAGGCGGUAGAGGAGAAAGAGAGGGAGGUGGAGGAGGAGGUAGAGGAGGAUGAAGUGGAGCUAGAGAUUGUGUAUGAGGAAGAAGGUGAGGGGGGGAAGCAGACAGAGGAGGGUGGCGAGGAGGAUGUGAGAGGAGGAAGCAAGGGAGAUGGGGAAGAGAAGGAUCGAGAGAAGGAGGUCAGAACGAGGAAAGAUCAGCUCAAGGUCUCAGGAGACCCAGGGAUUGCCAGAAGCGCCGCUGCCGUUGUUCCUGCUACCAGUGCUGCUGUUACCGCUGCCGCUGUAGCCGACAGUGCCGUGACUCGUUUCUCGUCGUCUAAUAACGCGGACGGGGAUGACCUAUUCCGCUGGAACCGCAUCCAUAGAGGGAGCACCGGGCCCGGGGGCCGCGGAAGCGGAUCCAGUGGGCCCAAGACACGUGGCGAGGUGCUGGCAGCCAUGGUGGGCGUUCAGAUGCCACGUGAGCAAGGGGUACGAAGCAUGGCGCCGGAUAUGGAGGGGCGGGUAACGGCCGCAGCAGCAGCUGCAGGGGGGGUGAGAAGUGGACGGGCUGGUGUGUCCCCGAUACAGUCACCUUCGAAAGGAGCAGCUAUUAAACGUGCAGUGAGAGGGGAUAUAGGUGCAGAAGCAGGAGGAGGAGCAGGAGCGAGGGCAGCGAGAGCGGCGGCAGGGAUGGCAGCAGCAACGGUGGCGGCGAAGGAGGAGGCUGCCGAACUUCCACCACAAAGGUUCCUGGAAAUCGCGCAGCUGUUCGACGCGCUGGAGCUGAGCUGCCGCCUGCUGCACGCGAGGAAGCUUCUGUGCUCCUUCCGGGCGAUUAAAGACGCGGUGCAGGACGUGACUAAGAGGCGCUUCACUCAGCGGCACCUGGCGCAGAUGUUGUUCGUGGGGGGCGGAGGGGGAGGGGCAGGGGGAGGGGGAGGGGGAGGAGGGGGAGGGGCAGGGGGAGGAAAGGGGGGAACGGGAGGAGUUGGCGGAAAGGUAGAAGAGGGAGGAGGUGGAGAAGGGGUAAAGGAAAAGGAGAAAGGAGGAAAGGAAGGGAAGGACAUAUCACUGAGUCCUGUUGCACUUAGCGAAACAACACUUAGUAAAGCAGAUGCUUUCAGCAGGGUAUCUGCCCGCCAGGCUGUGCUAGGCGUGCCGCUGCUUAGAGUGGAAUCGGUUCUUCUGCCCGAAAAAAACUCCUCUCCUGUGAAAUUCUCAGGGGCGGCAGGCAGGGCGGCAAGGUUUGGACGUAGCGUGUGGGAUCUGAAGAUUGUAUUGGAGAACGAAGGGGAAAGGAAGGAGGACGGUGGUGAAAGUGAUAUGCCUGCAGCUGCGGAUGGUGGUGCUAUUAGCGGUAGUGGUGCAGGGGGCGAUGGAGGGAUAACAGGAGGCGGAUUGGCAGCAGGCAUGGCAAUAGGCACAGGCAUGGCAGGAGGGAGGGUGAGGAGCGAAGAGAGUGACAUGCUGUGGCGGAAAAGAGAGUUCCGAGCCAGGCUGGGGAGACUGGCUCGUGCCAUGGGGGCAGUGGGAACGGACAAGGAUGUGACUGCAGCAGAUGUGACUAUACCGGAGGAGAGUCUGCCAGACCCACUCUCUCCCUCCCCGGCAUCAGCUUUAGAGUCUCGUGCAUCUGUUAAUGCUCAUGCCACUCACUCUAGUCACACUCAUUAUAGUCACACUCGCUCUACUCACCCUGUCAGUCGCAGGAGUCUAUUUCCUGAAGCAUCCACCAACCCUUCCUUUGCCGAAGCUGGUCUAGGCUCGGCGCCAACAGCUGCACCCUUUGCCAGGCCUGUUUUGCAGGUGCGGCCAGUUUCCCCAACCCAUCGCCAUCGGCCUGCUUCGGCAGAUAGGGUCGGCAGGAAUCCGAACCCAGACUUGGGCGCUCGUGUGCGGGUGGACCUCACUCCAUCGUUGGAUCGGUUGGCUCGCCGGACCAACGUGGGAGGUUUGGCAGGAGCAGCCGAAGCUGGGUCCGAGCAGGCUAGGGCAGCACGGCAGCUGCUGUUUGGAGGAACAGCUGAGGUUGCUGGGGCUAGUGGUGGGGCUUCAGGUGCAUCUGGUGCUGCUGGUGCUGCUGGUGCUUCUGGUGCUGCUGGUGCUGCUGGUGCUGCUGGUGUUGCUGAAAUAGCCAGAAAAGGAGUUGAGGAGGGAGAGAAGGAGGUGUGGGGUGGUGAUGUGGUAGGGGAGCUGGGCUCACUGCAGCAGCAGGGAGUGGGGGAAGGUGGAGAACAAGAUGGAGCGGUCGGGAGGGGUGGAGGAGACAGCGAUGGGGAGGGUGGGGGAAGUGACUCGGAGAUCCUAUCUCGCCUGCCCCAAGGGCUCGUGCACUCGGUUCGAAAGCGUGAGGAGAAGCAGCGUGCCGAGGCUACGGACGAGGCUCGGCAGGCGCGUCGGCGGCGGCUGCUACUGGCCGAGCUUCCUCUCCUAACCGAUAUGGUAGUCGCUCUCUUUGCCAGCUGUCGCGCUGCCGUGCUGCCACAUAGGGACCUUGUGGUCCGGCUGGUGGCCAAUCACAGCAAGCAGACCAACCAAGAGGAGAUUGAGGAACAGUUGAAGAUUCUAGAGGAGAUAGCGCCAGAUUGGUUGUGCGCUAAGAUGUCCCUUCGAGGGGAGAAACUAUAUCGAUUGUCCAAGGUGGUGAUGGCCGCACACGUGGAGGCGCGGGUGAAGGAUGAACAGAAGCUUGAUCCAGAUCACCACCAGCACGCACCAUCACGCCGUUCUAUGCAUGGUGCUUCCGAGCUUUGUCAUUCUGGAGCUGCUGCUUCUUCCGCCGACCUCCAUACGUGCCAGACCCCUCAGCUUCAGCAGCAAACAAAAACAGACACAAUGACGGAACGAUCCUACGUCAUGAUCAAGCCCGACGGCGUUCAACGCGGCCUUGUCGGGGAGAUCAUCGGCCGGUUCGAGCGCAAGGGUUUCGUUCUGCGAGGCCUGAAGCUGUUCCAGUGCCCCAAGGAGCUGGCCGAGGAGCACUACAAGGACCUUGCCGACAAGCCCUUCUACAAGGGUCUCGUUGACUACAUCAUCUCCGGCCCUGUUGUCGCCAUGGCCUGGGAGGGCAAGGGUGUGGUGGCUUCAGCUCGCAAGCUGAUUGGCGCCACCAACCCCCUUGCUUCCGAGCCCGGCACCAUCCGUGGUGACCUUGCAGUCGAGGUUGGCAGGAACGUCGUGCACGGGAGUGACAGCGUGGAGAAUGGCGAGCGUGAGAUUGGCUUGUGGUUCAAGGAGGCAGAGCUGAUCAAGUGGGACCCUACACUUCUCCCUUGGCUGCGCGAGUAA